ACACGCACCCUUGCCCUCCUCCCGCAUUUGUGCGCCGGUGCAGCAGGCAGUGGGAACAUCCGGGCAUUUCCGCAGCUGAGCGGCGACCCGGGCGGCGGCGGCGGUCGAGGAGCUCCCUCAUGGCAGGGACGAGGCGGAGGGAAGGCGAAAGCGGGGCGAGGAGUUAAGCCGGAGCCUCCGCGGGGCGGGUUUCCGAGGGAGGCACAGAGGGAAGCGGCUCUCGCGGCCGGAGGAGGGCCGGGCGCGGGGCUCGUCGCCCCUCUCGCGCAUUUUGUACAGCCCGGGCUCCGGAGAUGCAUCUGCAUCAGGUCCUCACUGGGGCUGUCAACCCUGGAGACAACUGCUACUCCGUGGGCAGCGUCGGGGAUAUCCCCUUCACGGCAUAUGGAUCAGGCUGUGAUAUUGUUAUUUUGGCAAAUGACUUUGAAUGUGUACAGAUCAUUCCUGGUGCUAAGCAUGGAAACAUCCAAGUCAGCUGUGUGGAGUGUUCUAACCAACAAGGAAGAAUUGCAGCUUCAUAUGGUAAUGCUGUUUGUAUAUUUGAGCCCUUGGGCAUAAAUUCUCAUAAAAGAAAUUGUCAACUCAAGUGCCAGUGGCUUAAAACUGGGCAGUUUUUUUUGAGUUCUGUGACGUACAACUUAGCAUGGGAUCCUCAAGAUAAUAGAUUGUUGACAGCAACUGAUUCCAUUCAGUUGUGGGCUCCUCCAGGAGAUGAUAUUCUGGAAGAGGAGGAAGAAAUUGAUAAUAAAAUUCCUCCUGUUUUAAAUGAUUGGAAGUGCGUCUGGCAGUGCAAAACCUCAGUAUCUAUACAUUUGAUGGAAUGGUCUCCUGAUGGUGAAUAUUUUGCUACUGCUGGAAAGGAUGAUUGUCUUUUGAAAGUGUGGUAUCCUAUGACUGGUUGGAAGUCUUCAAUUAUACCUCAGGAUCAUCAUGAAGUGAAAAGGAGACAGUCCUCUACUCAAUUUUCCUUUGUUUACUUGGCACAUCCCCGAGCUGUGACAGGUUUUUCAUGGCGUAAAACUAGCAAGUAUAUGCCCAGGGGUUCUGUCUGUAAUGUGUUAUUAACUUCGUGUCAUGAUGGUGUGUGCCGGCUCUGGGCAGAAACUUUAUUACCAGAAGACUGUCUUUUGGGUGAGCAGAUUUGUGAGACUACCACUUCCAGCAUUGCCAGCAACCUUUCUCAUGCUGGAAGACACAAAGACAGAAUACAGCAUGCUCUUGAGACAAUACACCAUUUGAAAAAUUUAAGGAAAGGACAGAGGAGGUCAUCUGUUCUUGUAACUCAUGCUGAAUUAAUGCCCGACCAGACAGCAAUGCAUGAAGUUCAAAGACACAUUUCCCACCAUGCAAAUGCACUCUGUCAUUUUCAUAUUGCAGCAAGCAUCAACCCUGCCACAGAUAUUCCAAAUGUCUUGGUUGGCACUGCAUUUAAUGUUGAUGAUGGAAAUGGGGGCUUUGUAGUUCAUUGGUUAAACAACAAGGAAUUUCAUUUUACGUCAUCUACAGAAAUAUUUAUGCAUCAGUUACGAAAACUUUCUGAUAAGCAGGUAGAUCAUGAAAGUGAUGAUGCAGAUAGAGAAGAUGAGGAACAUUCACAGGAGGAUAGAGAACGGGGUUUACAUAUGAAAUUAGACCAUGAUUUAUCCCUGGAUAGAGAAUCUGAGGCAGGUACAGGAUCAUCGGAACAUGAAGAUGGAGAAAGAGAAGGAAGUCCUAGAACUUAUUCACGACUUAGUGUACCAAUGCCACUGCCUACGGUUCUGCUUGAUCGGAAGAUUGAAACGCUGCUAACUGAAUGGAAUAAGAAUCCUGAUAUGCUUUUUACAAUACACCCUGUAGAUGGUACCUUUCUAGUGUGGCAUGUAAAGUAUUUGGAUGAAUAUAAUCCUGGAAUAUUUAGACAAGUCCAGGUUUCUUUUUCUUCUCGGAUUCCUGUUGCAUUUCCCUCUGGUGAUGCUAGCUCUCUUAGUAAAAAUAUCAUGAUGUAUGCCUGUAUAAAUGCGACAAAAGAUUCUGACCACACCUUGUUACACGAGGAGGGGAUGUCUAUAGGCAGUCCUCACGGAUCACAGCCACACUCUAGAUCACACAGUACAAAUAUGAACAUCUUAGCUCCCACAGUGAUGAUGAUUUCUAAACACAUAGAUGGUUCUUUAAAUCAGUGGGCAGUCACUUUUGCUGAUAAGUCUGCCUUUACCACUGUUCUAACUGUAUCUCACAAAUUUAGAUAUUGCGGUCAUCGAUUUCACCUCAAUGACCUGGCAUGUCAUUCAGUUUUGCCAUUGUUAUUGACAUCCUCUCAUCAUAAUGCUCUGUUGACUCCUGAAUCAGAUUAUCAGUGGGACUCAGACAAUAAAUUAAGUAGAUUAAUGGACCCUGUAAAACAUAUGAAAGGUUCCUCAAAACAGCCUCUUAGAAAUGCAGCAACUCGUACAUUUCAUGACCCAAAUGCGAUCUACAGUGAACUUAUUCUGUGGCGUGUAGACCCAAUAGGACCUUUGUCAUACACCGGAGGAGUAUCAGAAUUGGCUCGAAUUAACUCUUUACAUACCUCAGCGUUCUCUAACGUGGCUUGGCUUCCAACUCUCAUUCCCAGUUACUGUCUAGGCACAUAUUGCAAUUCUGCAAGUGCUUGCUUUGUUGCUUCUGAUGGCAAAAAUCUGAGACUCUAUCAAGCUGUAGUGGAUGCAAGGAAAUUAUUGGAUGAAUUGUCAGACCCAGAAUCUUCAAAACUUAUUGGAGAAGUGUUUAAUAUUGUGAGCCAACAGUCUACUGCUCGACCUGGCUGCAUUAUUGAACUCGAUGCAAUAACCAACCAAUGUGGCUCAAAUACACAGUUGCUUCAUGUGUUUCAAGAAGACUUCAUUAUAGGAUAUAAACCACAUAAAGAAGAUAUGGAGAAAAAGGAAACAGAAAUAUUUUUUCAGCCAUCACAAGGAUACCGCCCACCACCGUUUUCAGAAAAGUUCUUUCUAGUAGUAAUUGAGAAGGACAUCAAUAAUAACUCUAUUCUGCAUAUGUGGCACCUUCAUCUUAAAUCUGUACAAGCAUGUUUAGCUAAAGCUUCAGAAGGUGCUUCCUCUAAGAGUCUACUUUCAGUCCCUGGACAGAAGAAUGUAGAUUCUUCUCCAGAAACCUCUCCUAGUGUGAGCCCCAUGCCACAUUCUUCAUCAAUUGCCAAUCUUCAAACUGCCAGUAAACUUAUUCUGAGUUCUAGACUGGUGUAUAGCCAACCCCUUGAUCUCCCAGAAUCAGUUGAAGUAAUAAGAGCAACUCCUUCAGCAGGCCAUCUGAGUUCUUCUUCAAUUUAUCCAGUGUGCCUUGCACCUUAUUUAGUGGUUACAACUUGUUCUGACAAUAAAGUACGCUUCUGGAAAUGUUGUAUGGAAACCAACCCAGACUGUAAUAAAAGUGAUGAGAAAGAAAUUUAUCAUUGGAAGAGAUGGCCUUUGAUGAAUGAUGAAGGAGAAGAUAAUAGCAGUACAGUGAGCAUCGUGGGAAGACCAGUUGCUGUUAGCUGUUCAUACACAGGUCGUCUUGCAGUGGCUUAUAAGCAACCUAUCCACCAUAAUGGUUUUAUUUCUAAAGAAUUUUCCAUGCAUGUUUGUAUAUUUGAAUGUGAAUCUACAGGAGGAUCAGAGUGGGUUUUAGAACAAACAAUUCAUCUUGAUGAUUUGGUUAAGGUUGGGAGUGUACUUGAUUCAAGGGUCAGCGUUGACAGUAAUCUGUUUGUGUAUAGCAAGUCAGAUGCACUCUUGAGCAAAGAUAGAUACCUUAUUCCGAAUAUCAAACAUUUAGUACAUUUGGACUGGGUAUCAAAAGAAGAUGGCUCCCACAUUCUUACAGUGGGGGUCGGUGCUAAUAUCUUCAUGUAUGGAAGGCUUUCAGGAAUUGUGACUGAGCAAACCAACAGUAAGGAUGGAGUAGCUGUCAUUACUUUACCACUAGGUGGUAGUAUCAAGCAAGGGGUUAGGUCAAGAUGGGUUCUUCUUAGAUCUAUAGACUUGGUAUCUUCCAUUGAUGGUACUCCUUCACUGCCUGUUUCUCUCUCUUGGGUAAGAGAUGGGAUAUUGGUGGUAGGAAUGGAUUGUGAAAUGCAUGUAUAUGCACAGUGGAAGCAUGCUGUCAAAUUUGGAGACACUGAAGCUGACAGUCCUAAUGCAGAAGAGGCAGCAAUGCAAGAUCAUUUGACCUUUAAAUCUAAUAUGCUGGCAAGAAAAAGUAUUGUUGAAGGAACAGCUGUUUCUGAUGAUGUUUUUUGUUCACCAACUGUAAUUCAAGAUGGUGGCUUAUUUGAGGCUGCACAUGUACUUUCCCCUACUCUUCCACAGUAUCAUCCAACUCAGCUGUUAGAAUUGAUGGAUUUAGGGAAAGUGCGAAGGGCUAAAGCCAUUCUCUCUCAUUUAGUAAAAUGUAUUGCAGGUGAAGUAGCAAUAGUUAGAGAUGCUGAUGCUGGAGAAGGAACUAAGCGACAUCUUUCUCGAACUAUUAGUGUAAGCGGCAGUACAGCAAAGGAAACAGUCACCGUAGGAAAAGAUGGUACUCGAGAUUAUACUGAGAUAGAUUCUAUCCCUCCACUCCCACUAUAUGCAUUACUUGCUGCAGAUCAAGAUAUAUCCUACAGAAUUUCAGAAGAAAGUACAAAGAUACCACAGAGCUAUGAAGAUCAGACAGUAAGUCAACCAGAGGAUCAGUAUUCAGAGCUGUUUCAAAUCCAGGAUAUAACAACGGAUGAUAUUGAUUUAGAGCCCGAAAAGAGAGAAAACAAAUCAAAAGUAAUAAAUCUUUCUCAAUAUGGACCAGCUUACUUUGGCCAAGAACAUGCAAGGGUACUUUCAAGUCAUCUUAUGCACUCAAGUCUACCAGGCCUUACCCGUUUGGAGCAGAUGUUCCUUGUAGCUUUGGCUGAUACAGUGGCUACUACCAGUACUGAGCUUGAUGAAAGCAGAGAUAAGAGUUGCUCAGGAAGAGAUACAUUAGAUGAGUGUGGUUUGAGGUACUUGUUAGCUAUGCGCCUACACACAUGCCUUUUGACAUCUCUGCCUCCCUUAUACCGAGUGCAGCUACUGCAUCAAGGUGUGUCUACAUGCCAUUUUGCUUGGGCUUUUCAUUCUGAGGCUGAAGAAGAACUGAUUAAUAUGAUUCCAGCAAUUCAGAGAGGGGAUCCCCAGUGGUCUGAAUUAAGAGCUAUGGGAAUAGGGUGGUGGGUGAGGAACAUUAACACGCUUCGAAGAUGCAUUGAAAAGGUUGCCAAAGCUUCUUUUCAAAGGAACAAUGAUGCCUUAGAUGCUGCACUAUUCUACCUUUCAAUGAAGAAGAAAGCAGUAGUGUGGGGUCUGUUUAGGUCACAGCAUGAUGAAAAAAUGACAACAUUUUUCAGCCACAACUUUAAUGAAGAUAGAUGGCGAAAAGCUGCUUUGAAAAAUGCUUUUUCCUUACUUGGAAAACAACGCUUUGAACAAUCCGCUGCUUUUUUCUUGCUAGCGGGUUCGUUGAAAGAUGCCAUAGAGGUAUAA